AUGAGGCCCCACGUGGUGGACCCACGGAAUGGCAGCACUGUAAACGAGUUCAUCCUCGUGGGCUUUGAGCAGAGCUCCCCUUCCACUCGGGCACUGCUCUUUGCCCUCUUCCUAUUCUUCUACAGCCUUGCUAUGACCAUGAAUGGCCUCAUCAUCUUCAUCACCUGGACAGACCCCAGGCUCAACAGCCCCAUGUACUUCUUCCUUGGCAACCUGUCCUUCCUGGAUGUCUGCUUCAUCACCACCACCAUUCCCCAGAUGCUCAUCCACCUGGUGGUCAGGAACCACACUAUCUCCUUUGUCUCCUGCAUGGUCCAGAUGUAUCUGGUCUUUGGUGUGGGUGUAGCUGAGUGCAUCCUCUUGGCUUUUAUGGCCUAUGACCGUUAUGCUGCUAUAUGCCACCCACUUAGCUAUGCCCAGAUCAUGAGCCGCCAGGUCUGCAUGAGGCUGGUGGGCACUGCCUGGUUAUUUGGGAUGAUCAAUGGCAUCUUUCUUGAAUAUAUGUCAUUCCGGAAUCCCUUCUGCAAAGACAACCACAUAGAAAACUUCUUCUGUGAGGCUCCCAUAGUCAUCACCCUCUCCUGUGGGGACCCCUAUUUCACCAUGAAGGCGUACUUUGCUGAUGCCAUCAUAGUACUGCUCAGCCCCAUGGUGCUCAUUGUGGUCUCCUACGCCCGCAUCCUGGCCUCCAUCCUUGGCAGGGCCUCCUCCUCAGGCCGGGGGAAGACCUUCUCAACUUGCGCCUCCCACCUGACUGUGGUCAUCUUUUUCUACACCUCAGCUAUGUUCUCCUACAUGAACCCCCGUAGCACACAUGGGCCAGACAAGGACAAGCCUUUCUCCCUUCUCUACACCAUCAUCACCCCCAUGUGCAACCCCAUCAUCUACAGUUUCCGCAACAAGGAAAUGAAGGGAGCCAUGGCGAGGGCCCUUAGGAGGAAGGGCCUGGCCCAGGCAGAGGCUGUGUAG